CCAGAAGUCGGUGUGGACGGUCCGAAAGAUGUGUUACCUGCGUAGCUAAAGCCAUAUGCUGCGAUUAGAGGGAUAUCUGCAAGCUUCCACGAUUUUAUAGCGCCAUAUUAUUAAUGAUACACGACAUGCCUAGCCAUGUACUCUCCGUUGAUCUCAUUCUUGCACUGUAUACUACGCAUUAUCCACGUUCUCUUUUAGCACCCAACACUUCUGUUUCAUUGAUUCGGAUUCAUAUGAUAUGAGAUAAGUUAUGGAGAUUGGGCACAACCAAAUUCGUCUGGGGAGGCAAAAUUGACCUCUGGCACCUAACAUCGGCUCGUCUAACUCGACCGAUGGAAGGAACCACUCAUGCACAUGCAUGAGCGGACCAAAGUCUUUCGGGCAGGGCAGGUAACAGCAUGGCCAUAUCGAGCGCAAAUUCAUGGGGAGACGAAUUUGAUUGAGUCUCGAACAGUGAAACUCCCCCAGUCAAGCCUGGGCCCCUUUUCAGGCAGAGGAUGUUUCUUAUGGAUAGGAGAAAGCCUAUCAUGGAUGAUGGGUCAGGUGUUGAUGGUGUAACCCUUGCGGUAGCCCGAAAUCAGGGUGCCGUUGAGACUGGGUCUUGCACUGGUCGUCAUGCUCUGGCAGAAUUUCUUGGUUGCCCCAGUCAUACUUGGACUCCCCGAAUCAUUCGCUUUGCAUUUCAUAAAUGUAGAAAUGACCGACGCUUGGCGCCCAGGAUUAGAGGGAUCGUUGAGUGUUUAGCCCUGGCACUCAGUUGCAUGGAUAGACCAACCAACGUAUCUAGUGCAGAUCACAGCAUGGUGACUAGGGUUGGGUCGAGCGAAAGGGGAGGAUGGAUUUUUGUUCAGGUGAUGGAAUCCUCGUGUGGGGGCCUUGCAUCCCAAGAACAUGUUCGAAAGCCAGCUGACGACCCUUACUCAGGGCGAUGGUCAGGCGAGUUCGAAUCGUUACAGUCUCUUCAGGCCAUAACCAUCGAUGUCAAUAAAUCCCCCAGAUGCGUAGGCAGGGAUCCCAGCCUCUACUAAAGUAGACCAGAUGCGCACGUUGCAGUCCUGUUGCCAAAAGGGACAGUUGCUCCGACUGGACCGACCGGGAGUACUGUGACCAUUACUUCCACGUCGCCGGUACGGGUACUGGACGGCCCGGUGAAUGCACAAUGUGGCCAAUCAUGGUCGAGUCACAGAGGAGGAUAAGCCCAAUGUCCCCCAAAACCAUGAAGCGAAAGAUCUCGUGCCAUCUCCAAGUUCUAUACGCAUGGGACUCGGGCGCUUGCAUGCCCAUGUAUUCUCGGAAGCAAAUUGGCCAUGGCUCUGGCCCAAAGAGGGCUGCUGGGAAGCAUUGGUUUAACCUCGCCGCUUGGCGCAUAUAAGAAUAUUC